AUGGCCCCAAAAGCAUCUUCUUCAAAAUCCUCGAAGGCAGCCACCCCUUCAUCAUCGGCGCCCACUAAGGCCCCAAAACCGCCUAAGGAUUUCCUCACUAGGCCUUCUAAAUCAUCCUUGAAACAUUCAUCGAAAAUCUACUUCCAUCCCGAAGUUCUCAAACCAUUGAACCUUUCCAGUGGUGAUUUGAUUAGAGUUUCGAAGUCUAGUACCGUUGGAGAAGGAGUUGUUGGGUUGGUAGGAGUAAAUGAUGGUAAGAAUGAUUCCAUGAACGUGGUGGAAAUCCUGAAAUGUUUAAGACAGCUUGGAGGGUUCUAUUUAGGUGACAGAGCGGUAGUGGAGAAAGUUGCUAGACAAUUGGAUUAUGCGAAAAAUGUGGUGGUUAGAUUAAAAUUGAGAGGGAAUAAAAGGAGUUUGAAUAACGAUGAUUUAAGCGAGAAAUUUAAAGUGAAAUUACAAAAGUUUUUAGGGGAAGUGGGAGUGUUGAUGCCAGGAAUGAGUUUCUCUAAAUUUGAGUUAGUCGAUGACUCAGGUAAUGUGAUUGGAGAAGUCGAUAUCAAAGUUGUGGAUAUCGAUGUUACUAUGGAAGAUGUAUUGAGUUGUAACCGCUCAAAUGAUAAUAGUAAUUUGCCAGAUAUCUCUAAACUUAGUAUUCAAGAGGAUUCUGGAGAAGAUAGUGAUGAUGAGUUUGAGAUUUUUGAACUGAGUAGUUCAAACAAUGAUAGAUUAGUUUCUCUGGCGUUUUUGUAUGAUAGAUCAAAAUCCGCGAUCGAAAUAUUUACCGAAAAUUCUGAGUUGGAAUCGACCAGCAGAUACUUGUAUAGCAAAUAUCCUAGCAUUCCACAACUUCCAAAGCUUUCUACACUUGGGGGAUUAUCACAUCAAGCAUCAACUAUUAAAUAUCUCGCAAAACUUACACUUCAAAAGCCAGAGAUCUUCAGCCAUUUCAAUAUUAAACCAAGCCGUGGUGUCUUACUUUACGGGCCGUCAGGUACCGGGAAAACCACAAUCCUUAAUUGUUUAGCCAAUGAAUUCUUCCAUUCGGUGCAUGUGGUGAGAAUUGACGGUAGCGCGAUCAUCUCUAAAUAUUUAGGUGACGCAGAAACUAAAUUGAAAGAAUUAUUUAAUGAGGCAAGAUUACAUCAACCAUCGAUUAUCUUGAUGGAUGAAAUUGAUUCGCUUGUCCCAGCGAGAAAUGCCGGGGCUGGUGGUGAAGACACUGAUAUGAACGAUACCCGGAUUCUUGCCAGUUUGUUGAGUUUGUUGGACGGGUUGGAGAAUUCGUGCCGGGUGGUGGUGGUUGCGGCGACCACUUCUGUCAAUAGUGUUGAUUUGGCAUUAAGAAGACCAGGAAGGUUCGAUAAAGAAAUCGAAGUGGGGAUCCCCGAUGUCGAUGCCAGAAGCGAGAUUUUGCACAAGAUGUUUGAGUCUAUGGGCAAGGAUGGUAACGGACUUACCGCUGAAGAUAUUGAGAAGAUUGCCAGUGUUUCACAUGGUUAUGUUGGUGCUGACUUGGUGGCAUUGAUCAGAGAAGCGAUUAUGGUGGCGAUCGGCAAGGGUAAUAAUAAGGUGAUGAUGGAUGACAUCAACGUGGCGCUCAAUGAGAUCAGACCAAGCGCGAUGAAGGAGAUUUUCUUGGAGAUGCCAAAGGUUUAUUGGAGUGAUAUUGGAGGGCAAGAUGAGUUGAAACGGAAGUUGAAAGAAAUGGUGCAGAUGCCGUUAGAAGCAGCAGACACUUUCAAAAGGCUCGGGGUUGAUGCGCCUAAAGGGGUGUUAUUGUACGGUCCUCCGGGGUGUUCGAAGACGUUGACUGCGAAGGCGCUUGCCACGGAAUCGGGGCUCAACUUUUUGGCGGUGAAGGGCCCAGAGAUCUUCAACAAGUACGUUGGGGAGUCGGAGAAGGCGAUCAGGGAGAUUUUCAGAAAAGCCAGAGCUGCGUCUCCAAGCAUUAUAUUUUUCGAUGAGAUCGACGCGAUUUCCGGAGAUCGAAUGUUGGGAGAGGGUGGCAAUAGUAGUGGCAGUGGGAGUAAUGUCUUGACUACGUUGCUUAAUGAGAUCGAUGGGGUCGAGGAGUUGAAUGGGGUGAUUAUUGUGGGAGCCACGAACAAACCGGCGGCGAUCGACCCAGCUUUGAUGAGACCAGGGAGAUUGGACCGACACAUCUACGUGGGGCCUCCGGAUUAUCAAGGACGGUUGAAGAUCUUACAGAUGCGGACCAGGCAGUUUGGGAUAUCAAACGAGUACUUGGAGAAGAUGGCCAAGAGGUUGGAGGGGUGCAGUGGUGCAGAGGUGGUGCUUGUUUGUCAAGAAGCGGGAAUCAAUGCGAUCAUGGAGGAUAAUGACGCCGAUCGGGUGAACCAGGAACAUUUCGAGGUGGUUGUGCAAGGGUUGAAGAGGGGCAUCACCGAGGAGAUGUUGGAGUACUACCGUGGGUUCAGCAGUGGUGAGCAGCAGUGA